UCCAUGCUGGUCCUGUAAUUUUCCAUACCUGGCUUAUGCUGAACCCAAGGCCUUUUAACAACACUGAACAUAUCAAGAUCAAAAUAUGGCAGGAUGAGAAACAUGCGGAAUAUUGAAACCUGAAGUCACUGAUACCAAGCUGGUCGCCGGAGCCCAGGAUGCUAUGCGCCCUAAUCCUUAACAGCAAUAAUGGCUCCACUUGUUAUAGCUUUACAGCCUCCGUUCCAACGCAAUGCUGAUAGAAACUGGUGCUGAUCUCUGCUAAUUGCAAGUGGUAUGCACACAUGUUGUGAUGAUUUUGCAACCUUGUCAUUUGUCGAGCUUCCGAGCACUAAUGCCUUCAAGAGGAAGCUAUUUCAAGCCUUUUCAGACCAGGAUAAUCCAUGUGGGACAUCAUGGUAUUGAUCUCAGCUUACAAAAAGUGAAUGGCUUGCCCAUCAUUCAUCACCAUGGCUUUGUGUGCCAGCUUCCAGCUAAGCACAGCUUUCCCAUGGCCAAGUUUAAUAUGAUACAUGACUUGUUGGUUCAAGAUGGUCUUCUGAACAGAAGCAAACAGCUGAUGCAUCCAGAACUCAUCUCAAGGGAUGAAGUAUGCCAAGUUCACACAGAAGAAUAUGUGGACAAGUUUUUUGGUGGUUACACUACAGACCAGGAGCAAAAGGCCACUGGCUUCCCAUGGUCUCCAGGUUUAGUCUCCAGGGUCAGAUAUGAAACUGGUGGCACUGUGCUUGCGGCCGAGGUGGCGCUGGAGCGCGGUCUGGCCUGCAGCACGGCUGGCGGCACGCACCACGCCUUCGCCGAGCGCGGCUCCGGCUACUGCCUCGUCAACGACCUGGCGGUGGCGGCGCGCCGCGUCACGCAGCGCACUGGCAGGCGCGUGCUCGUCGUCGACCUCGACGUGCACCAGGGCGACGGCACGGCGGCCAUCUUUGCCGGCGACGAGAACGUGUUCACCUUCUCCAUGCACUGCGAGAAAAACUUCCCGCUGCGCAAACAACGCUCCGACCUGGACGUCGGCUUGGACGUGGACCUGGGCGACGCGGCCUAUAUGACAACGCUGCGGGAGCAUCUGGCGGCGCUGCUGGAUCUGUUCCGGCCCGGCCUGGUGCUUUACGACGCCGGCGUGGACCCGCACGUGCGCGACGUUCUGGGGAGGCUGGCGCUGACCGACCAGGGCCUGUUCGACCGCGACUACCACGUGCUGAGCGAGGUGGUCAGGCGGGGCAUCCCCUGCGCCACGGUGAUCGGCGGCGGCUACUCGCGGGACCUGGCCGAGCUGGCGCGCCGGCACACGAUCAUUCACCGGGCCGCCACGGCCGUGUACCGAGGGCGGCUCGGUCAGCCCGCCACCUGACGCUCGCACCGCUGCACUGCCGGCCUGUAGGUCAGCUGCGCUGGCUUUAAGUCUGCGGGUGUGAUGGGCGGGUCGGUGGUCUGUAGGUUUGAUGUGCAGGCGGUGGCGUGUAGGUCUGCUGUGCGGCCACUAGCCUGUAGGUCUGCUGUGCGGGCUGUUGGUCUGUAGGUCUGCUGUGUGGGCUUAUAGUCUGCGGGUCUGCUUUGCAGGCCAGUGGUCUGUAGGUUUGGUGUGCGGACUGGUGGUCUGUAGGUGUGCUGUGCGGUCACUGGCCUGUAGUUCAUCUGUGCUGGCUUUAUGUCUGCAGGCCCGCUGUGCGGGCCACUGGCUUAUAAAGGUAUCUUGCGUGAGGAGGAGACUUGUAGUUGUAUGUACACAGCUGCGGUCUGUAGGUUCCUUGUGGGCCGCCAAUCUGUUUGUCUAUCGUGCAGGGAGGCUGGCUGUUGGUCUCGUGAGGGAUGGGAUAGGGCAUCGGGAGAGUAGGUCUGUGGGAAAGGCCUUCGUGUGAGGCGCUGGCUUUGGAAUGAAGGCGACAUUUAGAGAGAUAUACCGGGGUUGCGAUGAGAGGGAGAAUGUGUUUUUCGGACGAAUGCAUGCAGUGACUGUCUUACCUCUGGAUACCGGGUCACAUAGGGAAUGUGUCUCAUCCUGUUAGCCUACCAACAGAGGUCAACCCUCUAUAUUGGCACGUGGUUCCCUAAGGACGCUUCCGAAUCCUUAAUCAGGGAUUUGACGAGUUCGCGUACAAUAUGAUCUGGUCGGCUCCAGUAUUUACGUUUGUACACGUACAAGGUUGUGAGCGAGGAAUACAUCUUUUUAAA